CUUGAACAGUUUUUCCACGAAGAACACGGAUGCAGCUUUUAGUACUUCCCAGAGCGGGAGGAUGAAGUCGGAAAAUUAUGAGCACAACGAACAAAGAGGACAAGCACAAGAAGCACAAAACAAUGAUGUACAACAAGACGAGGCCGGCCAGCAGUUAUCUUCUUGGGACGCUGUCAAGCACAAGGUUGGGAAACUUGCGUGGCGGCCGACCACGCUACUUUCGGUCGCGGACAUGCAAGCCCCGGGCGGUUUCUGUGCAACUACGGGAACAAAAAUCAUAACCGGGGAAGAGGACCAGGACCACGGCGGUGCUGAAACGGAGCAGCUAAUCGAGU